AUGAAGAAGUAUAUGAUGCAAAUAAGGAUACUCAAAUUUUACCAAUUAAUAGUAAUUCUAGUAGUAAUAAUAGAAUAAAAUUGGCAUAUUUUACAAAAAAUCUUAGUGUAUUAACAAUCAUUUAUUUAACUAUACUUAUAAAAUAUUCUGCAACAUCUUCUAAUGAUGUUGCAACAGUUUUUAAUAUACAAGGAUAG